CUAUGUAAAAUACCUUUUAUAAGGUCUUCUGAAAUUCUUGCUUACAAUAAUUCAGGGCAGUAUUGCACUCUUCCGCGCUUCAGGCCCGGCCAAGUGUGAGCAGUUAGUCGUCAAAAUGGUUGUAGACAGAGCAUCAACUAGAUCAUAUUCUGGUGUACUAAGUGCAGUUGUUUUCUUCAUCAAUUAUUGUUCUGGACCCUGCAUUGGGCAAGAGAUACUCCAUGCUCCUGACAAUAAUACUGUCUUCCUAAACCAGCCAGCAGUGUUUGUGUGUGAGACAGAUGGGGGAUUUCCUGGUUGGAAAGUUAAUGGGUCAAUAUUGGAGGACCUUUCACCAGAGCUACGCAGCAAAUUGCAAGUUACAGGGUAUAACACAGCUGAAGGAAGUCGAGUUGAGAAUCUGACUAUUCCAGCCCAAGUUGACUACAAUGGAACUAACAUUCAGUGUUUGGUUAUAAAAUUAGAUGGCACCACAGCCCAAAGUAAAAAUUACUCAAUGAGAAUUCAAGGUCCACUGUCAGCAGUAGCUGGUCUGAGAGCCAUUAGCAGUACCAGCUCAGUGACCAUCUUGUGGAGAGCCCCAUUCUCUCUGGAUGUGACUGGUGUUGAUCCUGAUAUCUGGUACUCUGUCCUCAUCUACAAUGUGACAGAUGAGAACAACCCAACAGCCAUCCUCUGUACUGACUGUAUCAAUAUCACUGAGACACACUACACCUUCACUCCCGACUACCUCAGCCCUUGUCAUGUGUACAACUUCUCUGUCAUCCCUCUGAAUGGAGCUGGCCAGGGAGAGAGCAACUGUAAUCUAACAGGCUAUUUUCAUGAAGAUAUCUCUAUUUUAGGGGUAAAUAUUUUCAUACGUAAAAAAACUCCCAAGAACAAUAUGUAUCUAGUGGAAAUAGAAACUCACUCACAAGUGAUAUGUAAAAAAGCAGCUAAAGUUCCCCUCAUUGUACACUACAGUAGUACUCAGACACACUGUCCGCCAGUACUAUCAGUAGAGGCCUCAGAGCUGACUCCAGACAAAGAGACCUUGCUCAUAAAGUCUGAGGUAGCUCUGGGGAGAGACUGUGACUACACUGUGCACCUCACCUCCCGUAAUGGAGCUGGUGACACCAACUCCACUGGAACACUCUCUAUGAGUACAAGGGUGUUGAGAGUGGAAGUGGAGGAGUUGGAGGGUGAGGUAGUGGUGAGCUCCUCUGUCACCAAUCAACUUUCUCUUACUGAUGGGAUGACAAGGUCUCUUGUUCAUCCAAAUGGCCCAAAUCCAUGGUCGGCAGAAGGUGAAUUGAUCGUGUCUUGUAACUCACUGUGUGUCUCCAUUUGUACAAAUAGGUAUUGGAGUUGGUGCAUGCGUGGGAGCUGUGAUUACAUGUAUUUUGUUUGUGGUGGGGAUGAUUAUAGUAAAGGUGCUCAAGAUACAGAGAGAAAGAAGGAAAGAGGCUGAGUCAAGCUGCUUCAAAAAUGUGACAAUGGAGAAGAACAUGGCGUAUGAGUUACAUAAACCACAGCCUCGGAGAAAAGGCCACACUGCACCUCAACAGGCACUGAAUCCAAUAUAUGAAGAUUUGAAGUAAUGUGAUUACAUUUUACCAUGGCAUUUUACACAUCAGUUAACUAUAAAAUCAUUUGAUACUCUUUUUGUAACGUAUUGCCGCGGGGCGACGUGUGCACGCAAAAACUGCAUCACCCUGUGGUCACACUGCUGUAUGUUACCCAAGUGCUAGUGCGCAUGUGCUGU